AUGUCUUCUCAUGCCCCUCAGGUAACCACUAAACCUCGGGCUUCAGCCAAGGAACAACCAAAUAGACUGAGAGGGUUCUUGGCGGGCAUAAUUUCUGGUUUUACAAAACUUCUGGUUGGGCAUCCCUUUGGUAGGAGAAUAAACCUCUUGUUUGAAGCAAAAAGGAAAAUUUUUUUCUUGACCUCGAGCUUCGGUCACAUUGAAAAUCGAAAUUUGAAUUUACCAAUUUCAGAUACCGUCAAAGUUCGUCUGCAGACAUCUGGGAAAGAUGGAAGGUUCGGUGGGCCGAUUCAUUGUUUGAAACAGACGAUACGGAUGGAGGGGUUUCGUGCCUUAUACAAGGGGGCAACACCACCGCUUGUCGGAUGGGGUUUCAUGGAUUCUGUAAUGCUAGGAUCCCUUCACAAUUAUCGUUUGCUCCUACAGGGAAAUGAUCCAACGGUUAAACUCACCAUUCUUCAGCACGCCAUAGCCGGUGCUGGUGCUGGUUGGACCGUAUCCUUCAUUGCAUCACCAAUUGAACACCUCAAAGCAAGAUUACAAGUUCAAUAUGAUAGCUCCACAAAAUUAUAUAACGGUCCGAUUGAUUGCGCACGUAAACUGAUCAAAAAUAACGGCAUCCAAGGAUUAUGGAUAGGAUUGUCCGGAACUCUUCUUUUUCGAUCAUUUUUUUUCGUCAUGUGGGGCUCGUACGAGUUAUACUCGAGGAUUCUAAGAAAAACAAAUCUUCACGAGGCUUCAAUAAAUUUUUUGGCAGGCGGACUAGGUGCCACCAACUUUUGGCUUGCGUCAAUGCCUUUUGAUACUAUAAAGAAUAAGUACAUGACACAACCUGAUGUAAAACCAAGAAGGUUUCCUACUUUGAGAAGUGUUGCAUUACAUACAUAUAGAGAAGAUGGUCUUAAAGGAUUUUAUAGAGGAAUUGGACCGUGCUUAUUAAGAUCCUUUCCCACAAAUGCGUCGUCUAUUAUGGUGUUCGAACUUGCGAUGAGGCUGCUAAAAGAUUCCGGCAUAUGA